GUUACACCAUCGGAAGCAGUGAAUCGUGCCAACAGUGUUUAUCAUCUGGCGGUAUCUGUGGUUCUAUGUCAGGUUCUGAGAGUUUCCGGUGUCUCUGCCGAGACAGACCUCACAUGUCUACGUGCAACGACGAAGGAUGUACACAACUUGUUUUGCCUUUCCAUUUAACAAGUACUACAAGUUUGUAUUGUACUAAUGAUGCACAUUCUUUUUAUAUGCAGCAAUCAACUGGAACGUAAAGAUUUUCAUUGGUUUAAUAGCAGCAGGAACUGGAAUUGCUUUGGUGAUGAUAGCACUGUUUUUACACAAAUUGAAAAAAUGUUGUGUUAAGAGACCAAAACUUGAAGCACUCAUACCCCUGAAACGAUAUAGUUAUGCACAAGUCAAGAAAAUCACAAAGUCUUUCACAGAUGGAGUUGGAAAAGGAGGGUUUGGGAUUGUCUACAAAGGAGUCCUUCAUGAUGGCCGCAAGGUUGCAGUAAAAGUCUUGAAAGACUCAAAGCGUAAUAAUGGCGAAGACUUUAUCAAUGAAGUUGCGAGCAUGAGCAAAACAUCACAUGUCAACAUUGUUACCCUGCUUGGAUUUUGUUAUGAAGGUUCUAAAAGAGCAAUUAUAUAUGAAUUUAUGGAAAAGGGGUCUCUGGAUAAGUAUAUGUCAUCAGAUAUAGACCGGAGUGCACUAUAUGGGAUCGCGCUAGGUGUUGCUCGUGGUCUAGAGUAUUUACACAAUGGGUGCAGAGAAAGGAUUGUGCAUUUUGAUAUAAAACCACAGAAUAUAUUGCUAGAUGACAAUCUCUGCCCAAAAGUUUCAGACUUCGGCCUCGCUAAGCUUUGUGAGAAUAAAGAAAGCAUAAUGUCACUACUAGACACAAGGGGAACAAUAGGGUACAUUGCUCCUGAAGUGUUUUCGAGAAUGUAUGGAAGAGUCUCCCACAAAUCAGAUGUGUAUAGCUACGGCAUGUUAGUUCUUGAGAUGAUAGGAGCAAGGAACAAAAAAACUCCAGAAGACUCUACAUCAAACGAAAGCUCAAUGUACUUUCCUGAAUGGAUAUACAAGGAUCUUGAGAAGGGCUACAAUAAAAGGCUUAUUGAGAACGGAAUCAGCUGCGAAGAAGAUAAGAUUGUUAGAAAGAUGACAUUGGUGGGCUUGUGGUGCAUUCAGUCUUCCCCAUCAAACAGACCAUCGAUGAAUAAAGUUGUAGAGAUGAUGGAAGGAAGCGAGGAUGCUCUUGAAGUCCCUCCUAAGCCUGUGUUGCCACAAAUUCCAGCAGCGCCUCUUCUCGAAUCUUCUUGGAUUUCAGAGGAGAAUUCAAGCCCCUCUGAGGUAUGACGUGAUCCAUAAACUCGGAAAGUUUUACUUGAUG